AUGACCGUUUCAAAAGGUUCAGCAAUUGCAGAUUUAUCCAGAAAAGCUACUGUAGAUAAAACAAAUUUUGUUAAAUACGCUAUUAAAAGUUGGCUAAGCACAGUAGCCAAACUAUAUGAACAAGCCGAUGCAGCAUAUGCUAAAGGCUCUUUAGAUAAUGCAUACAUUUAUUAUAUGAAAGGAUGCAGUAUAAUGGUGGAGAUUAUAAAGAAACAUCCUCAGUUUGAUAAAGCCAAAAAAGACACGCUCUAUAAAGAAUUGAAAAGACGUACAAAUGAUCAAAUUUUGAAUCUAUUGGAAGAAAUAACCGCACAGUUACAAGCUGAUGACAAAGACAAUGGCCAAGAUUUAUUGGAAGCUGCUAUUAUCAAAUACCCUGCUAUAGAUGAUUUCGACUCCAAAACUUUGCUAGACGACUUACCUUCCGUUCCAAUACAUCUUCCUUCUGACAUACAUAACCCUCCGUCCCAACCGUCGUUCUUACCGUCAUCCUCAUCUUCACUUCCAACUACACCUUCUUCUUCAUUGUCACCACCGCCUCCACCACACACUUAUGAUAUCUCCCCUAAUGACCAUAUGGUUUUGGCAGACACUUGUAAUAGCAUAAGCUCGUCUCAGCAGCAACAAUUUAAGGAAAAGCAAGGUCUCAACAUCCAGUUUCCAUCCCCAUUGAAGAAUUUUACUCUUACACCGCCAACUUUAAUAGCUAACCCAAAGCAGUUAGCAUCUUGGAUUAGUCUUAGGAAGGGUGAUGCUCAUCAACUACAACAGGAAAAACCCAGUGUACUGAUUCUGGAUAUUCGACCCAGACAUAUCUUUGAUCAAGGAUUUAUAAAGCACAAAUGGAUAGUACAAAUAGAACCUUUGAUUUUAAAGCAAAACAUUACAUCGAAACAGAUUGAAGAGUCGAUGCUACUGAAUCCUGACACAGAACAGCAAAUUUUUGCCCAUCGACACCACUUUGAUAUUAUCGUUUUUUAUGAUGCAAACUCAACGACGAUCCAGCAGUGUCCUGCUCUACGUCAAUUAACGGAAGCCAUUUAUGAGCUUGAAUUUAUCAAGACGCUGCAAAGAGCACCCAUAAUGUUAGCAGGUGGAUUCAACGCAUGGAAACAAAUCAUAGGUGAAAGAGGCAUAUAUAGGUAUGCCCAUAGUGAUGGCAAGGAAAAACAACAACAGCAGCAAAGUGAAAAGGACAAUCAGCGAAAGAAUCACUCAGCAUCCCCGAGAUUGAAUACCAACAAUGAACCCUCAGCGGAUAACCCUUCAGUAACUGCUGUUAAAGUACAUCAUACAGUUUACGAUUAUUUCAGCGAUGCGGCAUCUACGAGAACUAAAGAAUCAAUGACCAAAAGUAGCUUUAAUGGCCAAACGGUUCCUCCUAUUCGUGGAGUCUUUAGCAAUACAUUAAAUCAAUCCUAUAAUGGCAUUGGCGCCGAUGCUACGGCUAUGCCUGUGCCACAUCCUAGCCCGGCUUUAUCAACAUCAGCACCAUAUAAAUCAACUCUUCAACGGAAAAAGACUUUUAUCGAUAAUCCUUUUCAUGGAUUCACUACUACCACAAACAAACAGUUCGAAGUGCCACCUAUUCCGCCUAAGCCGACACGGCCGUUACCAUCUCCGCCUACUACUAAUACUACUAUUUCGGAACUUGCUGCCACUAAUUUUCGUCAGAAUAACUAUUAUGACACAUCUACGACAACAUCGCCACCGCGUGUUCUUCAUAAUGAAUACCGUAUGGGUCCUAUUUCAUCAAAUGCUUUCUCCCAACAAGGCAGCGUCAUGAUAGGAAUUACUGGUCUUAAGAAUUUAGGAAAUACAUGCUUUAUGAACUCUAUUAUUCAAUGUCUAAGUGGAACAAUUCCUUUUGCCCGUUAUUACAUCUCCGGUGUUUAUCGACAACACAUCAACAAAGAUAAUUUCUUGGGUACUGGCGGUGAAUUGGCCGAAAGCUUUGCUAGCUUGCUACGUACCAUGUGGAGUGAAAAUUACAAUUUUAUCUCUCCUGUUCUUUUUCGACAAGCAUUGAUCAAAUUUGCACCUCAGUUUCAAGGCAGUGAACAGCACGAUUCUCAAGAAUUUUUGAAUUUCUUGUUGGAUGGUUUGCAUGAGGAUUGCAAUUUGGUUGUAAAAGGUAGGAAAGGAUAUUCACCUUCAGUAUCACUUGAAACGGCUGAGGACGAGGCACAAUUUGAGAAAUUACCAGAUUGGCAAGCGAGUGCAAUUGCGUGGGAGAAGUAUCUGCAGCGCAAUUCGAGCGUAGUCGUAAGUUUGUUUCAGGGACAAUAUCGUAGUCGACUCACUUGCUUGACGUGCCAUACGACGUCAACUACGUAUAAUGCUUUUAUGUCACUGUCCUUACCAAUCCCUGCUACCCGACAUGGGCCCUCCAGUGUUAGUAUAUAUGAUUGCUUGGAUUACUUCGUAAAGGAAGAGAUUUUGGACCAGGAUGAUGCAUGGAAUUGUCCUCGUUGUAAAACGCGACGACGAGCAAGUAAAGCACUCACAUUAUCCAAAUUGCCGGAUGUCUUGUUAAUCCAUUUGAAGCGGUUUUCUUUUGAUGGGCCUUUUAAAGAUAAACUAGAAACUUACGUCAAUUCUGCGAUGGUUGGGUUAGAUUUGUCCCGUUACGUUCCUGAAUGGAUGUUCCCACCCAGCCAAACACCUGACCCUUCUUCUUUCAAGUAUGAUUUGUAUGCUGUAUCGAAUCAUUAUGGUUCUUUGACAGGAGGCCAUUAUACCGCUUGUGUUCGAAAUGCUUACAAAAAUGAAUGGCACAAUUUUGAUGAUACCCGUUUCUCUAUUUGUGAUCCAUCCAAAGUUCUUAGCAAGGCUGCCUAUAACUUAUUCUACGUUAGAUCCACUGUGAAAUAG